AUGGAGCCAGUGGUCGCCGCGGGCUUGGCGGACCACCCCGUCCCCGUGCUGAUCGUGGCGCGGCGUAGCCUCGUUGCGCACGAGUUCGACGUGCCAGCCGAGGUUAUCGACCGUGCAGGGCAGGCGGAAUGCAAUCGCCUUCAGCCGCGGCGGAGGAGGCGGCGUGCGCGCGGAGGUGCAGCUGCAAAACUUCAGGUGGAGUCCCCUGACUUCGUGCCUGGCGCAUGCUGCCGGGUGGAACUCGGAGUGCACCCCCACGGAGCUUGUCGCGGGAAGUUGUGCACGCACAGGGCCACACUGUUUUCGGGCUGUGCGCCAAUGCCGCAGCUGGAACAGAGUGCGCGGUAUGUGCUUGAAAAGUAUCCCGCGAUCGGGGCAGCCCCCCCCGUUGCGGAAGGCUCUGUGGGGGUCAUUGCGGAACGGGCCGCCGACGCGGUCAUGGAGAGCGACCCAGACGCGAGGUUGGGGAUGGUUCGGGCCCAACGUGACAUUAUAUUUUUCUUAUGGGAUUUUUUGUCAGGGGCUUCUAUACAUUUCGUGCCGCGGAGUGUUGUUGCAGCGUGGGUUGCGUAUUGCUUUGCAAGUUUCGUAUGUGGUUUCCUGGUACACCGCGGGGUUAUAUAA